AUAUUGAAGCACUUUGAAGGACAGAGCGCAUGCGCACAGAAAGAGGAGGUAGUAGUGAUUCAUCUGACCUGUAGAGACGAUCUUUGGUUGAGAGAAAUGGCGGAUAACGGCCUGAUGUCGCUGGGGGCGGACGGAGCCUCAGCAGCUGCUCAUGCGUUGUCUCUGCCAGCAGACGAUUAUGGAAACGAUCCCCGACUUGAAGUGAUGUGGGCGAUGAAGGCCUACAACCACGCAGAAGUCUACUUCAACCUCAUUUCAUCCGUCGAUCCGAAGUUCCUGAAACUGACGAAGCUGGACGAUGACAUCUACUCGUCCUUCAGAGAAACCUUCAAAGAUCUGGAUGUGAAGCUGCUGAGAGCCGACGACCUGAAGUCUGACGAGGCCAAAGAGGUGUGGCGUUCGUUCUGUAACCAGUUUGAAGGAAUCAUCGAAGAUUUCAACUACGGCACUCUGCUGCGUCUGGACUGUGAGAGAGAUUACACCGACGAUAACACCAUAUUUGCCACCAGGACUCAGUUCUUCGCUGUUGAAAUCGCCCGCAACAGAGAAGGCUACAACAACGCCGUGUUCAAGCCCAAAUGUCCAAAGAGCUAGUCUCAGACUGAACCACUACCCAGAACCCAUCCACCCCUGCCCCCCACCACCAGGACCAGGACCAGGACCAGGACCGACCCUCCACGACACACAGAUGAACUGUUAAACUGUCGUCUCCUGAGGGUAGAGCUUCUGAUUUUACAUCACAUCCAUUAAUGUAUUUAAGUCUAAUUAAAGCCCGUUCAUUAAAGUUAAACAGCCUCCGUCACCGUCAACCUCACUUCUGCUUUUUUAUAUUUACUGUAAAAUUUUAUUGUGCCAAUCAUUAAUGUUGUUUAUUGUGUUGUGUGUUUACCUGUAACCAAGGAAACCACAAAUAAAGAGUCAUGCAUUUUA